AUUCCUAGAGACAUUUUUCAUUAGAUCUACAGGGUAGGUCAUCACAUUUUACCAUCUAGAUUUACGUUAUUAUUUAUUAUAGCUAAAAAGCCCACGACGGCCAGAUCUUCGUUAUUUUAUAAAAGCUGAAAGUUUUUCUGUGCAUGUCCCCUAUAUAGGUAAAAACGACCAGCGACUAUACAAUUUGGGGUUGUGUUUACUUGGGAAGGUAACAGGUAGUAAAGGUGUAUAAAAUAAUACCUUAAAUUCGUUAAAGUAUAAAGCUCUAUUUUUUUAUAUUUUCUUCGGGAUAACUUUAGAAAUCUCGUCAUCUUUAUAAACUUUAAUAAAUUAUGAUUAUACUUUCGUUAUAGUAUAAAAGAGACCAGGUAGAUUGCUUUACCGGUAUCUCCAUUGAGAUAUCCAGCAUGCAGUUUAGGGGUAUCUGGCAGGGGGUAGCAACUGUCAUAAGUAUCCGACAACGGAUGACGAGAUUUCUAAAGUUAUCCCGAAGAAAAUAUAAAAAAAUAGAACUUUAUACUUUAACGAAUUUAAGCAAUGUUAUGUUCACGGACGAAGCAACGUUUACGAAAAAUGGAUCAAUGAAUUCAAGAAAUGCCCAUUAUUGGUCAACGGAAAAUCCUUAUUGGUUUAGACAAAUGGAUAAUCAACAUCAAUGGAGUGUAAAUGUUUGGAUGGGCAUACUUGGCGUUAAACUUAUUGGUCCAUACUUUAUCGAAGGAUCAUUAACCGGGCCAAAAUAUGCAAAUUUUUUAUCAAACACUCUAUGUACAUUUUUAGACGAUUUACCAUUGCAUACACGACAAAUAAUGUGGAUACAACAGGAUGAUUGCCCUGCUUAUUAUUCAAGAAUAGUAAGAGAUACAUUAAAUCAAAUGUUUCCAAAUCGUUGGAUAGGACGGGGUGGGCCCAUUCAUUUUCCGGCUAGAUCACCAGAUCUAACGCCCCUCGACUUUUUCUUAUGGGGUUACUUAAAAAAUAAAGUUUACGCUGAGCCUCCGACUACAAWGGCCGAUAUGAGGGAUCGUAUCGUCAAUGAAUGCAAGAAAAUAACAUCAGAUACAUUAAGAAACGUUAAUGAGUCAUUAAUUUCUCGAUUCAGAAAGUGUUCUGAUGCAAAUGGUCGCCAUAUUGAACCUUUUUUGUAAAUAGACAUAAAAAUUAAAAUAUCUCUCCUAAAGUAAUAAUUUUUUUUACAUAAAUA